UUAAAUUUUGUUUAAAUUGAAAGAAAUAAAUAUAAUGAAAAUUUAAACAAUUUGAUCUAAUCUUGCUUAUAGAUAAUAUUAGCAAAUAAUACUUAAUAAUAUGCUAUAAAGAUAUGAUACUUGACAAAAACAAUUUAUAUUUAAACUGAUAUAAUUGAUAAUAUAUUGAAUAUAUUUCUUUCUUUAAAUGAAUUCAAAUAAUGUUAUUCAUUAAUUGAUAUAAUUUAUUAUGUAAUAUAUUUAAAAUUGAUAGAUUUUUUCUUGAAUUAAUAGAAUAAUAGUAUGGAAAAAAUAGGAACAUUACAAUGGGAAGACUAUCUGGUCAUAGCAGUUACAUUAUGUAUAAGUGUGGGUAUAGGUAUUUACUACAGAUUCAGUGGUGGUCGACAGAAAACUAUAGAGCAGAUCUAUGAGCAUUCUUCCUGUGGGUGUAGCAUUAGUUGUUUCUUUCAUGUCUGCAAUUACCUUGUUAGGAGUUUCUGCAGAAAAUUACACAUAUGGAACACAAUUUGUAGUAAUUAAUUUAUCAUAUCUUAUAGGAACUCCUCUUGUUUGUUAUGGAUUUUUACCAGUAUUUUUUAAACUCCAAGCAACAAGUGCUUAUGAGUAUUUAGAAAAACGUUUCGGAAUAAAAGCUAGAACAUUAGCUAGUUUUGUAUACUGGCUACAACUACUUUUGUAUUCAGGUGUUGUACUUUAUGCUCCUGCUUUAGCAUUGGAGGCUACAACAGGAAUUUCUAAAACUGGCAGUAUUAUUAUCAUUGGAUUAGUCUGUGCUUUCUAUUCAAGUAUAGGAGGCAUUAAAGCUGUCUUAAUUACAGAUGUGUUCCAAGGAUUGCUUAUGUUUAUUUCUGUUUUUGUUAUUAUUAUCACAGCUGCUAAUGAAGCUGGAAGUUUAAGAAGAAUCUGGGAAAUAGCUGAAGAAGGGAAUCGAAUUCAAUUUGAUAGUAUUUCUAUAGACCCCACAGUUCGACAUACUUGGUGGUCACUUAUUUUUGGAGGCUUAUGUACAUUUCUAUCACUAUAUGGAGUAAAUCAAGUUCAAGUACAACGUAUGCUAACAGUGAAAGAUAUAAAAGCAGCACAAAAAGCACUUUGGUUGUCAUGGCCAAUAUUAUCUUUACUUUCAAUAACUACGUGUUUCUCAGGAUUAGCAAUAUAUAGUAAAUAUUACAAGUGUGAUCCAUUACUUCAAAAAAGAAUAUCAUCUACAGAUAUGUUAAUGCCAUUGUAUGUUAUGGAUACCAUGUCUGAUAAACCUGGUUUACCUGGUCUUUUUAUAGCAGGUAUUUUUAGUGCUGGUCUCAGCACUAUUUCAGCAGCAUUGAAUUCUUUGGCAGCAGUAACAUUAGAAGAUUAUAUAAAACCAACAUAUAAAAAAUGUUGUCAUAAGGAAUUUUCUAUAACCAUGUCCACAACUCUGGCAAAGUUACUUGCUUUUAUUUAUGGAAUUAUAUCUAUUGCUUUAGCAUUUUUAGCACAAUUAUUGGGUGGUGUUUUACAAGCUGGUUUAACAAUAUUUGGAGUAGUGGGUGGUCCACUUCUUGGUCUUUUUACACUCGGAAUGCUUACAGAAACAGCUACAGAAACAGGAUCUGUAACGAGUACUAUUAUAUCUCUAAUAUUUUUAUUUUGGAUUGCAUUUGGACAACCCAGACCUACACCACCAGUAUUACCAGUUACUGAUAUAGGUUGUUCAAAUAAAACCAUUUCUAUCUUACAAACGCAAUUGAAGUCGGAUGAUUCUUAUUUUUAUCUGUAUCGGCUUUCUUAUAUGUGGUAUUGUCCACUUGGAUUUUUGAUGACAUUCAUUAUUGGAUUAUUCCUUAGUUUCUGCUUGAAGCAAAUAUUUAAAAAAGAAAAAAUUGAGCUGGAUCUCAAUCUGUUUUUUCCUAUAAUAGCAAAACGAAUACAUCGCAGACAAAUGCAAAUUUCGGAUACCAACUCAAAUGAUAUAUUAAAGGAUACUACUACUGCGCCAAGAAAAUAUAUUUUUGGUGUUAAUUCUGAUGACAUAGAUAUCAUGGAAGAUGUCAAUACCAGCAAAGUUUAAUUUUUUUUCCAUUUUUAAUUAAUCAGUUGUGGCUUGAAAUUUGUAGAUUUUAAACAUUCCAUACUUAAUUUUAUAAGUUAUAAAAAUAUAUAUAUAUAUAUAUAUAUAAAAUUACAAAAGAAAUCUAUGAAGUAGAUCUUCAUAGAAAAAAUAAUGACAUGUUCAAAAAAUGAAUAUGAAAAUUUAAUUAUCAAUUUAAUUUUAAUUAUAUUUUUAAAAAAAGAUAUAUUUCUUUUUAUUGUAUUGUUCAAAAUAAUCUUAAUAUUUAAUCAGUUGAGCUAGGAAACAAAUUAUUUGAACAUGUUAAUUUCAGGCAAUAUUGUAUUAUAAAAAAAAUACUUAACUUAGUGAAUUUAAUUAAUCGAAUGUCUUCCAUCUAUUGUUCCUAAACUGCCAAUUUCUAAUUUUUUUAUUAUUCAAUGAAAUAAGAAGAGUUUUAAAAAAGUUAUUAUAAGUAUUAUUUCACAUAUCAGCAAUAAUGAAACAUAAUGAAAGAGUUAAAAUAAAAUUAAUAAAAUAUUUACAAUACCAAAAUAAUACUAAAAAAAUUUUAUUUAAAAAAAAUACUUAAUUAUAAAUUAAAAAGUACUUAAUUAUAAAUUAUUAUGUUAUAUAAAUUACUUUAUAAAAUUAUAUUUUUCGAAAAUUGAUAAAAAAUUAUUUACUAAUUAAAAUUACUUACUAAUUUUUCUUUUUUUUUUAUUUUAAAUUAAAUAAAAAUAUUUCUUUCAAAUAUAAAAUUAUAAAUUUGAAUUGCAAAUUGUUAUUGCGCACAAUUAAAUAAAAUUUAAUAAAACAUGAUGUUCUGCUAAAAAAACUAUUUUAAUUAUUUCUAAAUAUAAAAAAUAUUUUUAUACAAUUUAAUACAAUAUUGAGCACAAUAUUCAAUGUUUUAUGAUAACUCAUUUCACGAGAUAAUUUAUAUUUAUAACUUAAGUAUGUAAUAUAAAAUAUUUUAAUUAAUUAAUGUGAUGUUUGCAAUACUUAUACUUUACUGUUUUUGGAUAGUCUUCUUAGUUAAUAGAAUGUAAGAGAAUAUUUAUUCAAGCUUUGUUGUGUAAUUUGCAGGGGUUAAUAAAAUAGUGUGUGUGAAAGAAAACGA